UGCUCUCGGCAUUUAAUGCGACUCAACUGCCUCUGCGAGCUCAACCUCAAGGUAAAAUCCUUCAUCCCCACGAAUCCAACUUCUGCAAGUGAUCCAUCCUCUCCAGCUAGCGACAUUUCAACCCCCGUCUCCCUCCCUCCCUCUCUGUUUCUCAUGGCCUCCGCCGCCAAAUUCCCAUACCAGAGACUGAAAACAGAGGGCGACGGCGACGGCGACGGCGAUGCCGGGGGCCUCGUCCUCGACGGCCACGUCUUCGAGAGAUACAGGGCGAUCGUGAGGUCCAAGCUGUGGUACGCGAGGCUCAAGAGGGUCGGUGUCAAGAGGAGGUUCAAGCUCCGGGUCCCCGGGUUGAGGAGGCUCCUGAGGAGGCGGGCGAGGCUAGUGAGGGCGGCCAGGGUCUCGUGCGCCAAGGUGCUGAGGAGGCUGAAGGAGAGCCAGUCGCACUUCGGCGACCUCUUCGCCGGCAACUACCUGUUCCUCCAGGUGAACCCGACGCCGGUGAAGAAGCACUUGGAGCGAUCCGCCGCCGGCGAACGAGGUCGUGCGUACGGCGUCGGAGGCCAUGGAUCGUCUCCGAAGGUCUCCGUCCAGAGAUUCGCUCGUUAUUGAGUAGAAACCUUUUCAUGCUUCCGGAAAUAAUCGUCGCUGGUUUGUUUUCCAUCGCGUAGGGUCUCUAGCCCAUUUGUUCGUGCAAAAAAGGGUCCAAAUCAAAUGUGAUCCGACCCGAAAAUUUUAAUAUUGGAUCGAUUUCCCAACGGCAAUGCCAAACCUUCGUCAACUCUGUAGAUGGAUAUAUUACAGCAGAUAAAUUUGUCGUCCUUA